AUGAACAGAGAUUACGAUGACGAUGGGGAUUUUGUAAUCCGCUCCGGCACAUCGCAGCGUGAAAUAAGCGAAAGCGAACACGACGAAUCUGAGGACUCAAGAGAGUACGAUUAUGCAGAAGAAGACGAUGAAAAUGAAAAUAAUGAGGACGAGGAGCUUUCCUCAGAACGUACUAAUGACUUAAGGGAGGAGGCGAAUGAAGAGCUAGAGGAAGACCACGAAAAUGAAGAGGGGCAUUCAAACGCAGGCUCCAGCACGGCUAACCACCGUGCGUUUGGAAAUGAAACACACAGAACUCCAGCUUCACUUCAACAGAUGCUGGGAUUUUUGUCCCAGAGCAUGGAAUCCAACGGGUCAACACGCGAGCAGGGCUCUAGCUCGCUACCUGGUCUCAGAAACCGUCAAGGGAGAAGAGUCGAGAUUGCAGACAUUUUUCCUGAAAUGUUUGGGUUUGCCGGUAGUGGACCCAUCUUUGGACCAAACAGAGCCAAUCCACAUAUUUCUCAACUGUUGGGAAACAUCGCGGCAUGCCACGAAGAUCCCUUCGUAGCCCAAGAAAGCUUGCGUGAAAUAUCCGAACAAUUAUUGAUGAUGAACUCAAUUGCAGCAGAACGUGCAAUUCCUCAAGAAGAGCUUUUGAAAAACGUUAUACAAAUCUUAGAGAGUCCUCGACUGCAGGAUCAGCUCGAGCUACAGAUGGUCGCCGGUCGGUGCUUGUACAAUCUAUUUGAGGUCAAUCCGAGCAUUAUAGAGGUUGCUGUAGAUCUUGAUGUGAUAGCGGCUCUACGAGGGAAGCUGCUCGAAAUCAGUUACAUUGAUUUGGCAGAACAAGUUUUAGAGACCCUAGAAAUCAUCUCUCGACUACAUGGAAGAGAAAUACUUGAAUCAGGCACUCUCACAGUAUGCCUACAAUACCUAGAUUUUUUCACUUUACAUGCGCAAAGAAAGUCUUUGACGAUAGUAGUGAACUCGUGCACUAGAGCCCGCAUCCAGGACUUUACAGAAAUUGCCAGUGUGAUGCCUAUAUUGAAGCAGGUCUUCAUGAAUUAUUCGGACAGUGUACUCCUGCUAAAAGUUUUUGAUGGGUUGUACGGAAUUUGCAGUAGCUUGAAUAAAGAGCGAGAGCGACUGACCCAACUUUUUGACUCCGAUCUGGUCGAAAAAGUCAUGCAGCUAACCAUCAAUGGGGAAACAAAGCUUGAAACGCGAUUGAAAGCAUUUGACGUCCUGACUCAGUUGGUUUUGUGCUCCAGAACAUUUGCCGCUCAAAUGAUACGCUCUCAAAACGUUGCGAAUUUGAUACUGAGCUCCAUCGAUGGCUACAAAAAAAAUCAAAAGUCGCCCCUCCACGAAAGGAUAAUGUUUGCACCCAAAUCAUUAUUGACCUGUAUCGCACGGUUCUUGAUGUGUCUGCUUCCAGUUGAGGAACAUCCUGUGUUUUCGAACUACGACGGUUUUGAGAAACGUUUGCCAGGGCUUGAUCAUGACAUAGAACAGCUGCUAACGGAAGUCAUCCCCAUUUUGGUGGAGAUCUAUGAUAACGCUGUCGAUUUUCAAAUCAGAAAGUAUGUUCUUGUUGCUCUAGCGCGUACAGUUUCAUCGUCUAUCCCGUCUGCUUCUUUCAUGGCGAAUAAAAGAGUGAUAUCGCUAAUAGCUUCAAGUUUUUCCAGAAAUGAGCGGCUCUUCCAAGACAGUGAUUUAACCGAUAAAGAGUCGGGCACCCUUCUUGUCGGUUGUGCUUCCUUCUCGCGUACACUGAUAGAAAGAAACCCUGCAGAAUACCUACCAGCUUUCCAGCGCGAGGGUGUUUUUGAGAUGAUUGACACUCUGUUAGAAGGCCUUUCGCUUAAAUUCAUUGAAGACAACUCACCUCAAGAUGAAAACUGCUCUCAGUCCCCCGCGGAAGAAGUAUUGUCCGAGGAUAGUAAUGACCACUACGAUGGUGAUGAUUUUGAUAUGGAAUUCGACGGAUACGAGGGUCUCGGACAGGUUAAACCGCGCAAAAUCCCAUUCAACGUUCUCAAACAAUUAAAGCUGCAUGGACUGAAAUCUGCUCUGGCUGAAAAUUUGAAGAUUAUGUCGUCAAUCUCACAGAAAGACCAAUUUUUAUCAACAGAGCUCAAUGAAAUUUCUCACUUGGUGAAAAAGCUGCAAAAUUUGGUCAUUCGUUCGAAUACUUAUGAAGCAUGGCUAUCCGUCUGGAAAAAUGUUAGAAACAAACUCUUCUCACCAAAGUUUGUGAUCUCUAGCUUCGAAUUUAUGUCAACCGGUCUAGCCAGUGAGAUGUCGAAAAUAAUUGCGGAUAAUGUAUCAAGGGGCUCUUUCUGCGAAUCAGCUUUGAUUGACGCUUUUGGAGACGACUUGAGUUCUUUCGUUCAACUUUUGCAAUCUUCUCUAACAAGGAUUGAAUGUCUAAGUUUGAUGGAUUGUGGACUCCAUGGCGAAGAGGGCAGGUCCGCCUCUUUAGGGAAGCAGAUGAAACUCAAGCUAGAAUACGAUGGAGAUUUUGAGACGGACAAAAUCCCCAUCAAUUUAAGGUCUAUUACUGUUGGUAUUCAUUGUGUCGCAUCAUUCAAGUCACUCAAUGACUUUCUUAAGCACAGAAUAUUACAGUCUCGAAUAAUGAGUGCAUCUUCGCCUCUGGUAGCAAUUGGUCCUGAGGAAACUACAGGGAUAGAUGGUUGGAACUUUGCUUUCUUCGUGGAGGAUAAAGAAUGUGACUACCAGGACACGUUAUUUGGCCCCAUUUUUAGGACUUACUUCAAGAAUGAAAACGAUAGAAGACGUCUAUGGACGGAUUUGCAUGUACUGAAGUUCAGGAAAAUUGUAGGAUCAGUACGAGAGACAAGACCUUUGAAAGAAUUCUACGCUGAGCAGGCUGACUUGGGGACUGAUGAGAAGCAGGCAUAUGACCUCAUGAUGAUUCUCAAAGCGCUGCGAAAAAGUUCUUUAGGAAGUGAAAGCUUCAUCAAUUCGAAGAUUAGCGCGAAGUUAUCUUGCCAACUGGAUGAGCCACUCAUUGUUGCCAGUGGUUGCAUUCCUGAAUGGUGCACAGUUGUCACACAACAAUAUCCUUUUCUCUUUCCUCUUGAACUCAGAAUGUUCUACUUACAAAGUACGUCUUUUGGAUACGCUAGACUUAUUCAGAUUUGGAAAGAUCGCAUGGGAGGAGACAAAGGAGAAAGAGGAGAAAACGUGUUGCAUCAGUUGGGUAGGCCUACCAGACACAAACUCAAAAUAUCUCGAGAUAAUAUGUUUUUGAGUGCAUUGAAGAUAUUUUCAAAAUACGGUUCGUCCCCCAAUAUUUUAGAGAUCGAGUACCUAGAGGAGGUCGGAACGGGACUCGGACCCACGAUGGAAUUUUACGCUAUUAUAUCAAGAGAGUUCGCAAAAAAAUCAUUGGGUUUGUGGAGAUCUGAUCAAUAUCCUUUGAAUAAGCAAGACGAACUAGUCGAAGGCCUUCUUUUCCCUGCUCCUCUGCGCGCUUCGAAAGAUCAAAAGGGAACUUUGGAGCUCUUCAAGCAACUUGGUGCUUUCGUCGCACGAUCCAUGCUUGACAAUCGCAUUCUAGACUUCCGCUUCAACGUAGCGUUCUUCGAACUGGCACACUUGUAUGCAGAUGGCGAAAAUCUCAGUCUCGAUCAAAUUGGCCCAACUUUCUCACUAAUGCAUAAGGUAGACCCCCAACUUACAAAAUCUCUUCAGUUUUUGCUCGAGCACAAGGAUAAUGACAUUUUAGAGUCACUUUCGUUGACAUUCCGUUUGCCAGGCUACGAUUUAGAUUUGAUUCCAAACGGAACAAAUUUUGCCGUGACCAAGGACAACUUGACCGAAUAUAUUGAUCUCGUUAUAGACCAGAUGCUCGGUGCAGGGGUCGAAAAGCAAAUACGCAGUUUCACGGAUGGAUUUUCACAAGCAUUCCCCUACCGUUCCCUUCUCAUUUUGACACCAGAGGAGCUGACGGAACUUUUUGGAAGAGUGGAAGAGGACUGGAGUCCAGAGACUCUUUUAGCGCAUGUGGAAGCUGACCACGGCUACACACAAGAUUCAGAUAUCAUCCACGAUUUGAUUUCGUUGAUGACAUCAUUCUCGGCUCAAGAACGUCGAUUUUUCCUGCAAUUUCUUACCGGGUCGCCCAAGUUGCCACUUGGCGGCUUUAAAAGCCUUAGUCCCAAGCUGACCGUGGUUCGCAAACACACGGAAGAAAACAUGACCGCUGACGAGUACUUGCCUAGUGUCAUGACUUGUGCGAACUACCUCAAACUGCCAAUGUAUAGCGACAGGGACAUUCUUAGGUCCAGAAUUAUUCAGGCUAUGACGGAAGGAUCGGGUGCAUUUCUGCUGUCCUAG